UCAACCCGCUUCCGAGCCGACUCGUGUCACCAAAAAUGGCGCGGCAAAAGCAGACGGAGAAACGCCAAAAAUGGUGCCGCGGCAGUAGGCAGCAAUAGCCCUGCCGCCACCUCACCAGCCACUUUCCACUUCCGCGCCGCCAAGCCCGUCAUUUUCCGGCGACGCCCUCGCGCCAACUAUAAAAACCCACCACCUUGCACCUUGCACCUCCGCCUCAUCCCACUCCACUGCCACUGAGCUAGGGACGGCGUUCAUGGAGAUGUUGCUGGACUGGCGCUCGGUGGGCUCGCUGAUCGCCACGAUCAUGGUGUUCCGGACGGCCAUGCGUGACUUCAUCCCGCCGGAGGCCGAGCAGAUGCUUCGCCGCCUCCUCGCGCGGCUCGCCGCGGCGUUCAGGCCCCCGACGGCCACCAUCCUCGUCGACGAGGCCGACGGCGCCGCCAGCGGCGCCACCAACGACCUCUACGACGCCGCACAGCUCUACCUCGGGGCGCGCUGCCUCGCCACGGCGCCCGCCGUGCGACUCUACAAGCCGCGGCAGGCGAGCCGCGCCGUCGCCUCACUCCCGGACGCCCACACCGCGCACGACACCUGGAAGGGCGUCACGGUAAAGUGGACCUCGACCGCGCGCCCCGCCGACCGUGCCGGCAACCCGUACAACGUCUACGGUGGCGGCCGGGGCCCCUCCGGCGGCGGCGACCACCGGAGCCUCGAGCUCCAGUUCCCGCUCCAGCACCGCGACUUCGUGCUCGACAGCUACAUCCCCCACGUCAUCGACGAGGCCACCAGGAUGCGGCUCACGUCGCGGGAGCGCAGGCUCUACACCAACCGGGCCGCCGCGCCCGGCGAGGACCACCGCCGCCUCUGGACCUCGCACGCCUUCUCCCACCCCUCCACGUUCGACACGCUCGCCGUCGACCCGGCGCUCCGCGAGGAGAUCCGCGCGGACCUGCUCCGCUUCGCGUGCCGGCGCGAACACUACGCGCGCGUCGGCCGCGCCUGGAAGCGCGGGUACCUGCUCCACGGGCCGCCGGGCACCGGCAAGACCAGCCUCGUGGCCGCCAUCGCCAACCUCCUCGAGUUCGACGUCUACGACCUGGAGCUCACCACGGUGCCAACCAACUCCCACCUCCGCCGCCUCCUCGUCUCCACCACGCCCAAGUCCGUCGUCAUCGUCGAGGACAUCGACUGCUCCCUCGACCUCUCCGACCGCAGGAAGAACGGCGGCGGCAGCGUCCACGAAGACAACAACAAUAACGCGCAGCUGGCAAUGAUAUCCCCGGCGGCCGCUUCGAUCGGGCGGGAGUCCGUAAGCCUCUCCGGCGUGCUCAACUUCGUGGACGGGCUCUGGUCGUCCUGCGUCGGCGAGCGCCUGAUGAUCUUCACCACCAACCACCCCGAGCGACUGGACCCGGCGCUGCUCCGCCCCGGCCGCAUGGACCGGAAGAUCGAGCUCGGCUACUGCUCGCCCGCCGCGCUCCGCGUGCUCGCCAAGAACUACCUCGGCGUCGGCGAGGACCCCGACGACGACGACCCCGACACGGUGAGAGGCCUCAUGGCCCAGGCCGAGGGCCUGCUCGCCGCCGACGUGCAUAUCACGCCGGCCGACAUUGGAGAAGUGUUCAUGGGCUGCGACGGCGCAGGCGCCUCCGCAGCCUUGAGUAAGCUCGUCGGAGAGCUGCGUCGCAGGAGAGAUUUCGCACCGGCCGUAGAUGCGCUGCUGCCGAGUGCAUCGACAGCGGAGACGAUGGAGUAAGGAAUGCGGAGAGCGAGAUUGACCCUUGACCUGAACGUGGCUUGUUGGCUUGUUGCAGCAUGCCUGGGGGAUUAACUUAGUAAUAUUUCAUCGUGAUAGCAAGAGAUCGAUCAUCGACAUGGUCGUGACUUCGUGUCAUCGUGUUAGGUUGUUUGCAUGCAACUUGGCUGCUUUCUUGUACUCCUACCUGUAGUCCUGUUGACUUUUGUUGUGUAGUAACACACCUAAUUCCUUGCAUAAUACUAUGUUGACCAGGCAUGAUACUCAGCAGGUGUAAAAAGUU